AUGGCAUCUUCCAAAAGUCAAUGCCGAUCCGGGUGGCCGGACCUGCCGCCGGAUCUUCUAGGCAUCGUCCUCCACCGCCUCCCGUCCCUUGUCGACCGUGUCCACCUCCGCGCCGUUUGCCACGCCUGGCGCUCAAGUGCGAGGCUGCACCCACUGCCUCCGGUGCAGCUUCCUUGGAUCGUCUUCGGCGACGGCACCCUGUUGGACGUGACCAACAACGCGGCGCACCGCGUGCGCCUUCCGGACGACGACGCCAGCUACUACAGCGCCGGCGAGAACAUGCUAUUCGUCAUGCACGACGACGGCCGGUGCUCCCUGAUGGACGCCUUCUCCGGCGCCAUGACCCCCCAGCCCGAGCUCGCCGCUCUGCUGCGGGAUUAUAAGAUCGAUCCUCACGAUGGAAACUACAAGAGGAGAAUCGAAAAGGUGGUGGUCUCCAUGUCCCCAGCAAUCCCCGUUAUCGCUGUCCUGACCAGCGAUUGCAGAGUCUUUGUCUCGACCCGCCGCCAGGGCGGCGAGAUCAACUCUUGCCUUGUGCUGAGCGAGCUCUCCAUCGUCGACAUCGCUUUGUUUCAAGGAAAGAUUUACGGCGUCUCCCCCGACGAGGAGCUCCUUGGCUUUGAGCUCGGCAAUGGCCGCCUCCGCAAGCCGACUCCAGCAGGAGUCAAACCCGAUGUUGUAAGCGGCGUCACGCAGAUAGAAGGUGCCCGGGCACAAAAUUCCAUGGGCUCUCUCGACAGUUACAUACGCUACAGGAUUCAGAAAAGAUUUCCCGACAGCGUGGCCCGGCUGUACCUCGUCGAGUCCAAUGAUAAGCUGUUGAUGGUGAAGCGAUGGGUGAGAUGGAACAUGCGAGAUACCAUGGCGAUGCGAGGCGGACCAGGUUACAAGCGCAUGGAUCGAACUCUGCGGCUGGAAGUGUUCGAGGCGGACCUUGGAGAUGGCAGACCGCGCGUUGGCCGGUGGAAGAAGGUCGACGACCUGGGUGGCCGGGCAAUCUUCGUGUGUGCGCGAUGCUCCAAGUCUGCCCCUGCCGGUGAUGGAGUUCGACAAGAUUCUAUCUACUUCCUGCGACACCACCUUGCAAGGAAGCCGGCUGAUGGCUCACUUGGGGACUCCGGUGUGUACGACAUGAGACACAAAACUAUCACCUCGUUGCUACCGGAGGCAUCAUUGCCCGCGCCCCUAGCGUGGGAUAGCCCACGGUUUCCGACAUGGUUCUUCCCCGUUGAAAAUUAA